CCUAUUCCUCAUGGGAAAUACUCGCUUCUGCCUCCCUCUCAUAGUUGUGCUUCUGUUUCGUAAUUUUAUUACUUUCUUGUCUAUUGAAUCUCCAAACAUCACCUCAGACCAAUUGGCUCUUCUUGCAUUAAAAUCCCAUGUAACCUUUGACCCUCAAAAUCUUUUAGCAUCCAAUUGGUCUAGUGCUACCUCAGUUUGCAAUUGGAUUGGCAUCACUUGCGGAUCCCGACACCGUAGGGUAACAACUCUGAAUCUUUUUGGCAUGGGUUUGGUAGGCACUAUCCCACCUCAUUUGGGAAAUCUAUCUUUCCUCUCCAGGCUAAGCAUGGGAAACAAUAGUUUUCAUGGCUCAUUACCCAACCAGUUGGCUAAUUUGCGUAGGUUGAACUUUAUAAACUUCGCCCACAACAACAUUAGUGGAGAAAUCCCAUCAUGGUUUAGUUCCUUCACUCAACUUCAAAACUUGUUUCUUCAAGGUAACAACUUCACGGGUGUAAUCUCAUCAUCAUUGUGCCAUUUGCCAAAGCUAGAGAUCAUGAGGCUGAAUACCAAUAGUCUGCAAGGGCAGAUUCCUGUCGCUAUUGGAAAUCUUUCUAACUUGAGGAUAUUAUUUUUGUAUGCUAAUCAGCUUUCAGGUUCCAUACCUCCCUCAAUCUUCAACAUAUCUUCGUUGCAAAUUGUUGAUCUCGGUAGUAAUAAACUCAGUGGUCAUCUCCCAUCGGAUAUGUUUGGUAAUCUUCCUGAAUUGCAAGUGCUUAAUUUGGCAACAUUCUCAAAGGUCAAAUCCCAUGGCAGAUUGGUUAUCUUCAAAAUUUGGAGAUUCUAAGCCUUCUAGAAAACAACUUAGCAGGGCCUAUUCCUUCAAGUAUUGGGAACUU